CUCGAGUAAAGCUAGGUUUGCCAAACCAAAGAGCCGAACCCGGCCUUUAGGGAAAAAAGAAAGAAAGAAAAAAAAAAAACCCUUCUUUCCCCUCCUUCUCUCUUCCAUAGAGAUUUUUCUCCAAAGAGAAAAAAUGGCGGCAGCUUCAAGAAAAUCAAGAAGUGCAGUAAUUGGAUCCCUUUCCUCCACCCCUAGGUUCUGCAACUCUCACUUUCACUCUUACUCUCCAUCAUCUUCAUCUUAUUCCUCAGCUUUCGCCUCUUCCACCUCCAGCUUCACUUCUCGCUCCUCCACCUUCUUUCACCGCUCUUCCUCUCCGACACGUGUCAACCUCUGCGGUUCCUCCGCUCCCUCCGUCCGCUUCUCCCUCGACCGCUCCGUCUCUCCGAACCGGUCCAUCUCUGUGGCGCCUCGAACCGGCGUGUCGAGGCAGAGCGGUGGUCCGCACCACCACCAGCAGAAGCGGACCUGCAUGUGCUCGCCUACGACGCAUCCUGGCUCGUUCCGCUGCAGCCUCCACAAGAAGAGCCACGCGCCGGCGCCGGCGCCGUACUCGCCGCACCGCCUCAACGCGCGCAGAUCCGCGAUGACGAACUCGCUCGUGAGAAUUCGCGGCGUCGAGGGAGAUCUCGUGAAGCGAGCUCUCGCCGCGUUGAUUCGACCUUCCUCGCACCAGCAGAGAAGGCGAGGGGACUUUCACCCGAGGCCUAGCAGGCUCUCCGUUAUGUCCAAGGCAGAGGACCUUUGAUUUGAGAUCUAACGGAUGCGCGGACGGUUUCGAAAUCCAAGCGAAAACUGAUUGGAAUAUAUUUUUGGUGGCAAGUGGGGGAGGCAACACGGGACAUGAUAUGGUAUAACGGGAUUGUUGGGUCCAAGAACAGGAUAAAGUUUUAAAAUAAAAAUAUUUUUAUUGAAAGAUGAAAGAAAAAAAAAUUCCGCAUCAUGAUUUUUUUAAAAAAUAUAUAUAUAAUUUAAACAUUAAAUACUAAUUUCUCUUAAUUUCUUAAUCACUAAUUAGUGACAGCGUAUCAUCGAUAGUAUAAUGGUUCACUAUUAUUGCUGAUGGAGUCACUGGUUACUACGAUAGAGACCCCCAAGCAGAAGCUGUAUCCCAUUCCAUGCCAGAGGCUGGAUGAAAUUUGAAAUGAUGAAAGGCUGUGGCGUGAUUAUUUAUUUGUGGAAUGAGAAUGAGGAUAGAAAAUGACUUCACCCUCAAAA